GGUCGGAAGCCCUACAAGAACUUUGAGAUCCUGGGCCGGCUGCCGCCCCAGGAGGUGGACGCCCAGGAGCCGCCAGAGGUGGAGAACAGGUCCAGACAGGUGCUGCUGCCCGCAGGCCUCAUGCCCUACUUCCCCUACCCGCCGUGCCCGCCAGGCAGGAAGGGGGACUCCAGAGAUCUGGGGCACCCGGGCCUGCGCCUGGCAUACGGGGAAGAGGCUUGGAAGAGCACCACCCCCGCCCACGAGGCCCCCGGACGGAGCCAGCUGUACCACUGCAGAAGGGACGAGCGCUGGCCCCCCGGCCCCCAGCAGGAGGCUCUCGAUGUGGGCAGGUUCCAGCGGCUGCCG